UAAACGAUGUUUUGUGUUGUGAAUGUAUCAGUGAGGAACGCUGUUCGUCUGUCCUCUCCGGAUCAGAGCAGCAUGGCGAGUCUCAGCGCCUGGAGCUCAGCGUAAACUCGCUCUCUCCUCUCCUCCUUUCUCCUCCUCUCCUCUCCUCUCCUCUCCUCUCCUCUCCUCUCCUCUCCGCUCCUCUGCUCUGCUGAACGGCUGAGAAACGGUCUGCGCUGUUACAGCAGACAGAGGAUCUCAGCCUGUCUGAUACACAGAGCCGGACUGACCGAGUAGUGAUGGCAGCUCCUCUCAGAAGUCUGGUGGAGGAUUAUUCCAGAUACCUCCAGUGUUUCCAGCUGUUCCUGGAGCGCUCCUCUGAACACCAGUGCAUGAGAGAUUUCAUCCAUGCCACGCUUCCAGACAUACUGGCCAGCAUCGGAUCUGGACAAAGCACUCUGAAUGUGAUGGGAGUCGGAAGUGGAGCAGGGGAGAUUGACCUGGAAAUGCUCGGGCAGCUGCGCUUAAAGCAUCCAGAGGCCAAAGUGGACAAUGAGGUGGUGGAGCCCAGCGGUGACAUGCUUUACAAAUAUAAAGUUUUAGUAUCGAAGACACCAGACCUCGAUCACAUCACCUUCAGGUGGAAUAAGAUGACCGCAUCGGAGUUCGAGAAGGACUGGAAAGAGAGAAGCCCAGAGAAAAGAAUGGACUUCAUUCACAUGAUUCAGAUGCUGUACUAUGUGAAGGAUCCAGAGGCCACAGUGACAUUUUUUCGAGGUUUACUGCACAAGAAUGGCAAACUGCUCAUCAUACUGGUCUCAGGAGAGAGCGGGUGGGGCCGGCUGUGGAGAACCUUCCGGGCUGAGCUGUGCAAAACCGACAUCAGCCAGUGCGUCACGACCGGAGACGUCAAGAGCUUCCUGGACGCCAAAGGGAUCCCGUACCAGAAGCACACGAUGCCGUCCCAGAUGGACAUCACGGAGUGCUUCACACCAGGGGACGAGAAAGGAGAGCUGCUGCUGGACUUCCUGACCGAGGUGAUGGACUUCAGUAAGAGCGCGUCCCCGGAGCUGAGGGCAGGCGUGCUGGAGCUGCUCAGACAUCCAGACUGCAGCAAGGAGGUGGAUGGCAGGGUUAUAUUCAAUAAUAACCUGGAGGCUGUAGUGCUCGACCCCUAGACCUGAAGCUUAGAUACAUUGUGUAGAGGGGAUUAAAGGUGCACUUAGAUAAGCAGUAAGAUUAUAAUAGGAUUUUUACUUUGAACUUAGCUGUUUGGGUAAAUCUGUUAAUUUAAAUCCAUUGCCUUUGCAUUGGAUUUCAGAAAUUAACAUGCACAGAGUUCAGGAUGAGCGAAUCAGCACAGAUCAUUAACAUCAACACAUCACUCUUGUCAGAUCAAAACCUUGUAUCUCCAAAAUAAGAACUUUACUUUUAAUGUAAGUCAAUGGAACCAGAAUUUCCAAGUCAUUUUAGGCUGUUUCUUUUGGUCCAUUCAUCAUGAAAUUUACACACAAUAUAAAGAGCAACAGGAAUUUUCAAAUUAUGUCAAAAAUGACAAAAACGGAGAUGAGGUUUUGUUUUGACAGCCACGAUAUGUAAAGUUUAUCUUCUGCAAUCAAUAACAAAGCGACAUUUUGCAAAAUCCUACACAAUUAAAAAAGAUCACUCUUCAAGGGUUCUUUGGAACUUAGAACCAUGAGUUCUAUAUA